GUUUCAGCGGAACUCGGGGACUACGAUCCGAGACGACAUUCAGUGGGCUACGUUACUGAAUUUCGAUUCCUGGCGAAUCAAACCACGGAAUUGGAAAAUCGCAUAGUGGAGCUCCAUAAAACACUUGUGGUGAAGACAGCGUGGAGUAUUUUCUGGGACUGACGCCGAGCGGGAUAAUUCUGUUACGUAACAAGACCAAAGUGGGAAAUUACUAUUGGCCUCGGAUCAAUAAGAUCUACUACAAGGGUAGAUAUUUCAUGCUGAGAGUCAGCGAAAAGAAUUCCGAGGAGAGAACGCACGGUUUCGAGACGCCGUCAAAGGGUGCCUGUAGACAUCUAUGGAAGUGUUGUCUGGAGCAUCAAGCGUUCUUCCGGUUAAUGGCCACCGGUCCGCCACCUUUGAGCCCUUACUCGCGUUUCCGCUCGUACAGCCCUCCGUCCGGCUCUGAGAAGCACACGGUAAUCAGACGGAAUCCACCGCCGAUUUUCCAGAGGAUACCCAGUCGCAGGGCGCAGCGACGCGUGGUCGAGGGUCAAGAAAUGGUCGGUCCGUUCGUGGAAACGCCGGUGACGGUCAACUCGAACUCAAACAGCAACUCGGUGGGCGGCAACGUUUUGUGCAAUACCCAAAACUCGAGACAGGCGAACAGCUCAAGUCCCAGGAGCACCAGGAGCGCGCCGUGGACUCAGAGCCAACCUCGUGGUCUUUACACUUCGUCUAGUCCUCGGUCUGUCCGCUCGGCGGGUGCGGCACCGGCACUCUUGAGCAGACUCCAACGACGAAGUAGCUCUGUAGAGAGCCAAAGUUCAGGAGACAGCCACAGUCGCAGUGGUCAUCGUAGAAGGAGUCAUAGUCAUAGUCAUCGAAGACAUAGUCGUCACUCUGAUUGUGAAUCCGAGCUUUCGAGAGGUUCGGACACGAGGUCGGGUCAUCGUAAGCACCGUAGAAAGCACAGAAGCACUCGAUCAUCCAGACACUUGGAGUUUGGGCUAGUCGAUACUUCCGGAAUGAGCGAUCAGCAACGACGUGAGAUACCAUAUACGGUGGUUCAAUCGCAAUCGUCCGUACAACAAUGUACACUACAGUCUAGCAAUUCUCGAUUGGACGAUGCAGACUCGUCGUCCCUACCUAGAACGAUCGGAUCCGUUGGCAAAAGAAACAGAAGAAUGAUACAACAUAGUCGCGAUGGAAGUUAUAAUUUGCCGCCGACCAGGCCGAAUCAAAUUGAGACAAAAUACUACGAUGGUAAUAGGACCGAGUGCAAUAUAAGGAAGGACUUUUAUUAUACUCGUAACAACAGAAUAUUGAUAGGAAGUAACGUGGACAGUGGGCUCGGGGAAAGUACACCGCAAGAGUUUUCAAGUUGCUGCUCAAGCUCUGCCGACAGCGCUAAGCCUACUCGGGUACAAAUGCAAUUAGGGGGAGAGGUACGCUAUGAACUGUCUUCAAAUCAAGAAAUCUACCCUCCUGUUGAUUCUACUCUGGAUGCUGUUCUUCAGCCCAUUAUAUCGUAAGUGCUUCUUUUCAUUGCUUUGUGCUUCCCUCCUAUAAUAAUAUCUAGUAAAAAAUUAAAAUUAAGUUUGGCUUUAUUAAUAACUAGUGCACUACAUGCUGCUGUUACACAUAUACGCACAGUUACACUUUCCAAAGAGCAUUGAUAUUUUGAAUAUUUUAAAUUUUAGUAUACCAUAUUUUCAUAUUUUUACGUAUAAUAUAUAAAUGGUUUUACCUUAAAAAUUUAUUUUUAAACUGAAUAUUUGCUUAUACCAUCAAACGUUUUGUUUUGUAUUGUUACAGAACUUUAACCAGGAGGCAACGGAACUGCCCGAAA